CCACAACAACCACAGCUGCUCCCACAACAACCCGAUCAGCACCAACAACAGCUAAAGCUGUAAUGGCAAUAACAACUAUAGCUGCAUCUUCAACAACCACAGCUGAUUCCACAACAACAGCAGCUGCUCCCACAACAAACACAACUGUGCCCAAAUCAACCACGGCUCCUCCAUCAAUAACUACAGCUGCUCCCACAACAACCACAGAUGUACCAACGACAAAUAAAGCAGGGGCAACAAUCACAGCCGUCCUCACAACAACCACAUCUGCUGCCACAUCAACAGCUAUGACUACAAUAACUACAGACGUCCCCACAACAAUCCCAGUUGCGGCAAAAACAACCACAGCUUUCCCCAUAACAACCACAUCUGCUGCUACGACAACAACAGCUUCAGCUACAACAAUCACAGCUUCACCCACAACAACAAACACAGUUGCGGCUACGACAACAAACACAGUUGCGGGUACGACAACUACAGCUCUGCAUACAACAACCACAGCUGCACCUACAACAACAACAGCUGUCCACACAACAAACAUAGCUGCAAUGACAGCAGCUGCAGCAACAACAACCGGAGCCAUGCCCACAACAACCACAACUGCUCCUACAACAACCACAGCUGCUCCAUCAAUAACCACAGAGUCAUCAACAACAUCUAAAGCAGGGGUUACAACAACCACAGAUGCUACAGCAGCUCCCACAACCACAUCUGCCGCUACAUCAACAACAGCUGCGGCGCCAACAACCACAGCCAUCCUCACAACAACCACAGCCGCACCCACAAAAACAAAUACAACUGCGGCUACGACAACUACGGCUAUGUCUACAGCAACCACAGCUGCACCCACAACAACCACAGCUGCUCCCACAACAAUCAAAGCUGCUUUGACAAUAGCUGCUCCUACAAGAACGACAACUUUACCAACUACUAAUACUGAUGCGACGACAACAACCACAGCUGCUCCCACAACAACCACAGCUUCACCCACAACAACCACAACUGCUCCCACAAUAACCACAGAUGCUGCCACAACAACCACAGCUGCACCCACAACAACCACAGCUGCUCCCACAACAACCAAAUCAGCACCAACAACAGCUAAAGCUAUGAUGGCAAUAACAAAUAUAGCUGCAUCUUCAACAACCACAGCUGAUUCCACAACAACAGCAGCUGCUCCCACAACAAACACAACUGUGCCCAAAUCAACAACGGCUCCUCCAUCAAUAACUACAGCUGCUCCCACAACAACCACAGAUGUACCAACGACAAAUAAAGCAGGGGCAACAAUCACAGCCGUCCUCACAACAACCACAUCUGCUGCCACAUCAACAGCUGUGACUACAAUAACUACAGACGUCCCCACAACAAUCCCAGUUGCGGCAAAAACAACCACAGCUUUCCCCAUAACAACCACAUCUGCUGCUACGACAACAACAGCUUCAGCUACAACAAUCACAGCUUCACCCACAACAACAAAAACAGUUGCGGCUACGACAACAAACACAGUCAUCCCCACAACAACAAAAGCCGCACCCACAAAAACAAAUACAACUGCGGCUACGACAACUACGGCUGCUCCUACAAGAACGACAACUUUACCAACUACUAAUACUGAUGCUACGACAACAACCACAGCUUCUCCCACAACAACCACAGCUUCACCCACAACAACCACAACUGCUCCCACAAAAACCACAGAUGCACCAACAACAACUAAGGCUGGGGCAACAACCACAACCAUCCCCCCAAAAACCACAGCUGCUCAAACAACAAACACAGCUUCUCUAACAAACACCACAGCUGCUACCACAACAACCACAGAGGCACCAAUGGCAACUACUGCUGGAGCAACAUUCACAGACGUCCCCACAACAACCACAGCUGAAUUAACAACAUCCACAGCUGCUCUCACAACAACCAUAGCUGCUGCUAUGACAACAGCUGUGGCAUCAACAACGGAAGCCGUACCCACAAUAACCACAACUGCUCCUACAACAAAAUCAGCUUUACCAACGACUAAUACUGCUGAGACGACAACAACCACAGCUUCACCCACAACAACCACAUUGGCUAGAGCAUCAACCACACAUGCUGCCACAUCAACAGCUGCGGCUACGACAACUGCAGUUGUGACUACAACAACAGCAGCACCCAUAACAGCCACUGUGCCCAAAUCAAAUACAGCUCCUCUGACAAUAACCACAGCUGCUCCAACAACAAAAUAUUUACCAACGACUAAUACUGUGGAGAUGACAACAACAACAGCUGCACCCACAACAACCACAUUGGCUAUGGCAGCAACCACACCUGCUGCCACAUCAACAGAUGUGGCUACAACAACUACAGCUGUGACUUCAACAACAACAGCUGCACCGAUAACAGCCACAGCUGCUCCCACAACAACCACAUUGGCUAUGGCAACAACCACACCUGCUGCCACAUCAACAAAUGUGGCUACGACAACUAGAGCUGUGACUACAAUAACCACAGCUGCUCCCACAACAACCAAAUAUUUAACAAUGACAGCUACAGCUGAAGAAACAAUCACAGCCGUCCUCACAACAACCACAGCUGCUGCCACAUCAACAGCUGGGGCUACAACAACUAUGGCCAUCCCCACAUCAAGCCCAGCUGCACCCACAACAAAUAAAGCUGUGAUUGCAACAACAACUACAGCUGCACCUUCUAUAAGUACAGCUGCUCCUACAACAACCAUAGCUGCACCCACAACAAUGACAGCUGCUCCCACAACAACAGCUGACACCACAACAACCACAUCAGCACCAACGACAUCUAAAGCAGGGGCUACAGCAACCACAUCUGUCCCCACAACAAUUACAGCUACUACAGCAGCUCACACAACCACAUCUGCUUCUACAUUAACAACAGCUACGGCUACAACAACUACAGCCAUCCACACAACAACCACAGCUGCACCCACAACAACCACAGCUGCUCCCACAACAACCACAGCUGCUCCCACAUCAACCAUAGCUGCUGCUAUGACAACAGCUGUGGCAACAACAACAAAAGCCGUGCCCAAAACAACCACAACUGAUCCUACAACAAUGACAGCUUUACAAACGACUAAUACUGCUGCUCCGACAACAACCAUAGCUGCUCCCACAACAAUCACAGCUGCAACCACAACAACCACAGUUCCGUCCAAAUCAAAUACAGCUCCUCUGACUAUAACCACAGCUGCUCCCACAACAACCACAAAUUUAAGAAUGACAGCUACAGCUGGGGUGAAAAUCACAGCCGUCCUCACAACAACCAGAGCUGCUGCCACAUCAACAGCUGAGGCUACAACAACUAUGGCCAUCCCCACAACAAUCCCAGCUGCACCCAAAACAAAUAAAUCUGUGAUUGCACCAACAACUACAGCUGCACCCACAACAACCACAGCUGCUCCCACAACAACCACAGCUGCUCCCACAGCAACCACAGCUGAACCCACAAAAACAAAUACAGCUGCGGUUAAGACAACUACAGCUAUGUCUACAACAACCACAGCUGCACCCACAACAACCAUAGCUGAUGAUGUGACAACAGCUGCAGCAACAACAACGGAAGCUGUACCCACAACAACCACAAAUGAUGUUACAACAACAAAAUAUUUACCAUUGACUAAUACUGCGGAGACGACAACAACCACAGCUGCACCCACAACAACCACAUUGGCUAUGGCAACAACCACACCUGCUGCCACAUCAACAGAUGUGGCUACGACAACUACAGCUGUGACUACACCAACCACAGCUGCUCCCACAACAAACACAGCUUCUGUGACAAAAAUCACAGCUGCAACCACAACAGCUAUGUCUACAACAACCACAGCUGCACCCACAACAACCACAGCUGCUCCCACAACAAUCAUUGCCACUGCUAUGACAACAGCUGCUCCAACAACAACGACAGCUUUACCAACAACUAGUACUGCUGCGACGACAAAAACCACAGCCUCUCCCACAACAACCACAGCUGCUCCCACAAGCAAAAACACAGCUGCAGCUACGACAACUACAGCUAUGUCUACAACAACCACAGCUGCACCGACAAUAACCACAACAGCUCCUACAACAACGACAGCUUUACCAACGACUAAUACUGGUGCAACGACAACAGACACAGCUGCU